CCUAAUCAAUAUUUAAUAACAACUCUUCUGUGAUAAUAUGUCGGGCUGAGGGGGAGCUAAUGAUUUACAACAGAUCACGUGCCAGAGUUUCUCUCUCGUGUCAUUCGCGUGAUGAUGAUGAUGAUGAUGGUGAUGUGAAGCUCACGCGCAUGAAUCAGUGACUGAGUUGUGUUUGAUUCUGUCUUCACCUUUGCUCUGAACUUUCACGAAGUCGGUCCGGACCUUUGAAGACUCUUGAGAACUUCUGCCUCAGGAGGAUUCUUGCAACAGAAGGAGCGGAUUCCGGGUGUGUGGAGCAGGGGAAGGCAUAGAGGUACGCUCGGAGCGCAAAAUGUGCGAAAAAAGCGACAACCACUUUGGAAUAGACGUUCUUCAGACAGAGUUCCCAAAAGGCGCGGAUGGAAACUUUGAUCGCGUUGAAAUCUCCGGACGCAGGGACACGAGCACCCGUUUGUACCGGAGGAGAUGGCUCGUUUUAUUUCUCUUUAGCUCUUAUUCGCUGUGCAACGCGUUCCAGUGGAUCCAGUACGGCAUCAUCAACAACAUCUUCAUGAAAUUCUACAGCGUCUCCUCAUUCGCCAUCGACUGGCUGUCAAUGAUCUACAUGCUGACUUACAUCCCCUUUAUAUUCCCGGUGGCAUGGCUGCUGGAGAGGAAGGGGCUGCGGGUGAUCGCUCUGUUCGCAGCCUCGAUCAACUGCGCGGGGACGUGGAUCAAAGUGGCCAGCGUCCAGCCCAACCUGUUCUGGGUCACUAUGCUCGGACAGUUCGCCUGUUCCUUCGCGCAGGUGUUCAUUUUAGGAAUGCCGUCUCAGGUCGCGUCCGUGUGGUUCGGGUCUGAUGAAGUGUCCACCGCCUGCGCCGUCGGCGUGUUCGGAAACCAGCUUGGCAUUGCUAUUGGUUUUUUGAUCCCGCCGGUUCUUGUGCCCAACGUGGAUGACAUGAAUGAACUGGCUCAAAACAUCAGUGUCAUGUUCUACAUCACAGCUGCUGUGGCCAGCCUCAUCUUUCUGCUGGUGGUGUUUGUUUUUCAGGAAAGGCCUGAAAUCCCCCCGUCUCUGGCUCAGGUGGCGCUCAGAGACAUGCCCACCACAGAGUACUCGUACCUGGCUUCAAUCGCGAGACUUUUCUGCAACAAGCCCUUCAUCCUCCUCCUCAUUAGCUACGGACUGAACGUGGGAUGUUUCUAUGCUGUUUCCACUCUGUUGAACAGGAUGAUAAUAGAGCAUUACCCUGGUGAAGAGGUGAACGCUGGGAGAAUUGGCUUGACUCUCGUCAUCGCUGGCGUGGUCGGCUCUCUGAUCUGUGGGAUCUGGCUAGACAAGACCAAGACUUAUAAGCAGACAACGCUCUCAGUGUAUCUGCUGUCGUUUGUGGGGAUGGUGAUCUAUGCUUUCACCCUGAACUUGGGUCAUCUGUGGGUUGUCUUCCUUACAUCAGGAACACUCGGGUUCUUCAUGACGGGUUAUCUGCCGCUGGGCUUUGAGUUCGCAGUGGAGCUCACGUUCCCAGAGUCAGAGGGAACAUCUUCAGGACUGCUCAACUGUUCAGCGCAGAUGUUUGGAAUUGCAUUCACCAUCAUUCAAGGGAAAAUUAUCGAUCACUUCAGCACGCUGGCUGGAAACAUCUUCCUCUGCGUGUUCCUCUUCAUCGGCACCAUCAUGACAGCGCUUAUAAAAUCCGACCUGCGGAGACAGAAGGCCAAUAGUCAAUCUCAGACAGAGGUGAUCGCUGACUCAUCCGUACAUUCCCAAGAAGGAAAACCGUUACCAGUAAAAGAGAUGAAGAUGUAAAGACAGAAAGCGUCAGAAUCACGCUCUCCAUGUGCGUCAUAAUUCCUCCUGAACGUCGCACGGCUAACAUCAACGUUACAUACUAAUAUCCUGUUAUUGUUCAGUAUUUGAGCAUUUAGUGCUCGUCACAAAGCUCCAACCUUCCGACAUUCGGUGGGAAUCAUUCAUGAAACACAAGCACAAAAAAACUGCAGGCCGUUGCAUUCAGUUCACAAGAGUAUGGCUUUAUGAACAAUGACUUCUCGUGUUUCGUGUUGUGAUGUGUCGUUUUCUAUGAUGUUUGCAUGACGGUUUGUUCGAGCUGACCUAAACUGACCAAAUGUUUCUAUCACUAGAAGUACUAGUAUAAAGUGCCUCUGUAACAGACACCUCUAGAUGUGAUGCAGGAGCCCUCCGUCUGUUGAGGUGAGGUGGAUGUUGAUGCUGGACAUCACUCUGUUAUGGAAGGUCAAAGUCCUUCAAUGAAACCAUCUAAAGGAACCUGAAAAGAACCUAUGAAAGAGCUUCACUGAUCAACGGAGAUCUUUUAUAAUGUAAUGCUAACACUACAGUGCAGGAAAUGAGAAAAUAAUGUAUUUAGGGAACGUCUGCAAUGGUUUAUGUGUGUUGUAGUGUGCUGUGUAAUGCGUGAUCGAUUACACCGAACGAAAUCCAAGAUUUCCUCUCGCUCAUUUUGGAUGGCUGGUAUUGGUUUUGCUAAAGCAAAGAAGCUGUUGAAGAAGUCUUGAGUUAUCUGUCAGAGAAACUGCAACGAAACACAGUUCCUGAGCUGCACACAACUUUUUGUUUAAUUUUCAGGUGUAUGAGAUUACCUGAUGGCUAAUUAAGAUUUUAAGGUGAGAAUUAUGCAUAGAAGAAAAUGCAUGAAUCUGAUGGGUUUUCUUUUUUGCUGCAUUGACAGAACGUUACAGAUUUUGUGGGAAAGAUGAAGAUAUUCGUAAACGUGUUUAUGUAAAAUGAUGAGAUCCUAUGGAGAGUUGGGACAUGUUUUUACACUCCUGUGCAGACCCUACCAUACGUUUAAAAAAAAUAAAGGAAAACCCUUUCUUCAUCCAGGAGAAUCCCAUUGAGACCUGCGCCCAUAUUCACGAAAAAUCCUGGUGCUAAGAGUUGCUCCUAGUAGCAAAACACUAAUAAAAUUGUU